UGUCAGGUCAAAUGAACCAACAUGUUCCUCUGCGGUCCUGCACUUUCACGUUAACGCUGAACGACCCUCGUCGAUUUAACGGAGGGAGUAACGGAUCCCGGACUACCGUGAACCGACAACAGAAACCCGCUGAUUAUUGUCAAGUGAGAAGGGAUCGUAUAUAGGUAAAACAUUUCUGGCCUAAACCCAAGUGGCCAGUGAGAUAAUGAGUCAUAGAUGUACUUCAAGUACCUGGGCAAACACACGAAGAACAUAUCUUUUAUGGCAGAUUCAUGCUCGUAAGUCAGCAGCAUCACUUCCCCUGUCUGGUACCUCUCACUGUAGGAUUCAUGCACAGCAGCAGCCUGUUUGCUACAAGGCCGGCUCUCUCAGCUGGAAGCGCCUCCACCAUCUGAGGAUCAGGGGGCGAAAAGGAUGGACGUCUAGAGCCAGUCAGGUUAGGCAGCGCCUGGGACUCCACACCACCACCGUGCACCUGAACACGUCCGCUUCUCGGUGGACUGCCGGUCUCAGCCAACACAUGUCCAAGGUCAGGAGCACUUUGGACACAGUUUCUAAAGCUGUGAGCGGGACACACACAGAUCUUCUGUCGAAAAUUGCCCGACUCAAACCUAAUGCGUUAAAGGGUGGAGACAAGGCCCAGGCCAGCGUUGAAUUAGCACCAAAAGUGGAGGAGAAUGCAGUCACUCCAGUGCCCAUCAAUGCUUCCUCGCCGUCCACAACAACUACAUCCAAAGUUGUUGUUAACACAUCUUCCACCAGUCCAUCUCCUUCCACUGCGGCUGCUCCAGCGAAUGCCACUACCUCCACUCAACCGCACACUCCUGCCCAAGGAAAUGUUACUGCUACAGUCUCCACUGGCCGUGAAAUCAGGGAGAAAAGACUGAGACGGGUUGUUCCUGCUGUCAAAGCCGGUGCCAGGAAGCAAGAGGAACCUCAGCCUCCGCUGAGUAACGCUGACGACAAAAGCACAACUUCUAAACAAACUGCUGCACUUUUUCAUCCAAGCACGUUUCCAGUCAGCCUGGACGACACUUACAACUACCUUGCCCAUCACAUCAACUCAUACUUUGGCAGCAGUACAAAGACUCAGGACAAGAAAGGGGACAAUCCCGACAAGCUCCCUGUCUCCUCUCAGGAUCAGCAGACGUCAAAAUCUGUGUCAGUGACCAUUAAUACAGUCACAGCCGCUCCUGUUACACCACCUUCCUCCAAGAAGAGUUUAGGGCAGUACCUGUCCUAUUCAGCUCCGACUGUGCAAGCGUUUGUUGGGAACUACAUCGCUCCCCUCGUUCCUAAGUUCAGGACAGGGGAGACCAAAGGUGCUGCGGUGGAGGAGAAGUCUCAGGAUGCGUCGGCGAAACAAGCUGAGGUCACAGUCAGUAAGGAGCAGACAGCCGCUGAAGAGAAGGCAAAGAAGCUUCUCAUCCAGAGAGAAAAGAUUAUUGCCAGGGUGAGUGUGGACAAUCGAACCCGGGCUCUGGUCCAGGCCCUCCACAGGGCCACAGAUGUCAGGGUCUACAUCAACAGGGUGGAGGACUUGAGCUACCAUCUGCUGGAGUUUCCAGAGACUCGCGUUGUUGCGGUGAAGGAGAAGGUCAUCCCCUGCCUGCUCCGUCUGAAGCAGGCGAGCGAUCCCGGUCUGAGGGCUGCGGUGGGCGAGGCCCUCUCCCUGGUGGGCUACCACAAACCCGUUAAAGGCCGAGGCAUACGCAUCUUGUCCAUAGACGGAGGCGGCUUAAGGGGGCUUGUUGCCCUGCAGACGCUGCACAAACUGGAGGCCCUGACCGGCAAACCCAUUUACAAACUCUUCGAUUAUAUAUGUGGCGUCAGCACAGGUGCUAUUCUUGGAUUCAUGCUCGGGGUUUUCCAAAUCCCCCUUAACGAGUGCGACGAUCUCUACCGGAAGCUGGGUUCAGACGUUUUCAAGCAGAAUGUCAUCGUCGGCACGGUGAAGAUGGGCUGGAAGCACGCCUUCUACGACAGCGAAGCCUGGGAGAAGAUCCUCAAAGAGAAAAUGGGUUCUCACCUGCUGGUGGAGACAUCUAGAAACCCCGAAUGCCCCAAGGUGGCAGCAGUGAGCACCAUUGUGAACCGUGGCACCCCUCUGAAGCCCUACGUGUUCAGAAACUACAACCUGCUGCCCGGCCUGCGGCCUCACUACCUGGGGGGCUGCCACCACCAGCUCUGGCAGGCCAUCCGGGCGUCCUCGGCCGCCCCGGGGUAUUUCCAGGAGUUCACCUUGGGGAGCGACCUCCACCAGGAUGGCGGUCUGCUCAUUAACAACCCCACAGCGCUCGCCAUUCACGAGUGUAAGUGUCUGUGGCCCCACACGCCCUUGGAGUGUGUGGUCUCGCUCGGUACGGGCCGCUUCGAAACCCUGGGGAACAACAGCGCCACGUACACGAGUCUCAAAACCAAAAUCACCAACGUCAUCAGCAGCGCGACCGACACUGAGGAGGUUCACGCCAUGCUCGACGCCUUCCUCCCCCCGGACACCUACUUCCGCUUCAACCCCUUCAUGAGCGAGGACAUCUCCAUGGACGAGAGCCGCCCGGAGAAGCUGGGCCUGCUGCAGGCCGAGGGCGUCCGCUACCUGGAGAGGAACGAGCAGAAGCUGGGCAAGGCGGCCCGCAUCCUCACCCGGGAGAAGAGCGCCCUGCAGAGGGCGGCCGAGUGGGCGCGGCUCCGGGCCGACAUGUACAGCGGUCCGUCCUUUCACUCCUCCAGAUUUUAAAUCCGACACCGGAAACGUUUAUUUAUUCUAAACUCAGCAGAACGUCACGGGUCAAGUGUCAAAGUCAGGGACUUCUUCAGCGGUAGCUCACUGAAACACUUUCACGCACAACCGUGGAUCCAAACUCUUCCCUCCGCCUCGCUCUCACACUUCCUAGACUCUGAUAGCGAUUUCAGUGUGAACGUGCCAACACUUUUGGCUGACGAGGAGUUGGCGAAUUUCACUGGCAACGAUUUUGGCAUUAAAAAUGUAUCGGGCCGCCGGCGCUCGACUUACUGUAGUUUCAUUGAAGUAAAAUGUUCGGUGUGACGUGUUGAUUCCUCGGCUGUGGUGAAAACAGAAGCAGCUCACCUGAAUCUUUGUGGACCGAACAAAAAAACAGAAUCAUCCCACACACUGCAGCUCUUUCCCUGCUGAACUGAGCUGACUGACUGCUGGCACCAGCUGCUUAUUUACAUUGCAGAUAAGUGGGAAAGUGUUCUUGACCUUAUAAACUAACUCUCAUGAAUAUCUCCCGAAAUAGUCUCUAAAAAAAAAAACAAAAAAAAACAGCAUGAACACUGUAAAGUCGGUGUGGAUGGCAGCAACACAUCUCCUCCAUUUCAGCACUUUUUAAUAAUUUGCUUCGUUUUUGUGUAGCACUACCAGUAUAUCCUCAAAUCUGUGGUUGUAAAUGGGAAUUUUGUGUCACUUAACCAUAUUGUUUAAGCUGAGGUCCCGACAUUCAACAUUGUAAUAUAAUGUUUA